UAAAUAAUUAUAAUGCGAUUAGAAAUCGAUUCAUUACGACAACGAUUAUUCAAUUAUUAAGCGACACUAGCGCUCGUUUCGUUUUGCUUUCGUCCAUUCUGUUCUCCGCGUGUUCUGCCGGUCCAAAAAAUUUAUAAUUUGAUCAAGUCCAAGCCCCACUAUGUCGAUCCACAUCAAAGACUCCGAGGACUUGAACACACGGCUGUCGGACGCCGGCGACAAGCUGGUGGUCAUCGACUUCAUGGCCACUUGGUGCGGACCCUGCAAGGUGGUCGGCCCGAAACUCGACGAGAUCGCCAACGAGAUGGCUGACUCCAUUGUCGUACUAAAAGUGGACGUGGACGAAUGCGAAGAGAUUGCAACAGAAUACAACAUCAACACCAUGCCCACCUUCGUGUUCGUGAAGAACAAGAAGACCCUGGAACAGUUCUCCGGCGCAAAUGUCGAGAAGCUGAGAACCACCAUCUUGAAACACAAGUAAAAUGGCGGCGCGGGUCGUACGCUAUCCGCAGGACGCCCCACGAACCGAGAAGUUUCGACCCAAAUAAAUUAGCGGAUGCAUUUUGCAAUAAGGUUUAUGUGAAGAUAUAAUUUUAAUCGCAUUAUAAUUUAGCCAAACGUUUCUACUGUGCAUAAUAUUUUUUACCUUAUUGCCUUAAAUUUACAGAACAAUGUUGGUGCUUAAAACAGUUUUGAAUUAGUCACAGCGAAAAUGCAUUUCAAACAAUAUUGUAAUGCUGGUCCCAUUUCUGAAUGUUUUACACAUAUUUUUUUAACGUUCCGGGGGCCUUAGAGACGCAAGUCUCCAUCUCACGUUUAGAUCGCGUUCAGAAAUUGGAUUUUGCAAUUAAAAAAAAACAUCUUCAAAGAUAACAACGUUCCAUGAUCUGUGGAAUUGUGUUUGUGACUUAUUGCCCCAAAUAAUUGUCUAUGGAUAUAUAGCUGUAUGUGCGGUAGGCAGAAUAUCAUGUAAAGAUGGCGUCUAGUGUCUUAUAUAAGUGAAGGUAUGCAUUUUUUUUUAUGUAGUUGCCUGGUACAUCACGCGCGCUGGUAACGCACUAGUGGUGGCGGAUACGCGUACACCCACAAUGCAUGUUGUAUUUAAUUUCUGCAUAUUUUUAAAUGUACGUUACAAAGUAUUGUUACUUCAGUAAAUAUUGUGAGUAA